AUGCUGGCCGGGAGCGGUGGUGAUUGGCUGCGGCUUCUGCUCGGAGGAGGUUGGCGUCCAGUGCUCGUGUGGACAGGCGAGGGGGAAGGGUCACAGCGCCCGGCGCCGGGCACCGUCGAGGGUCACAUGAGGGGUGGGGACGAGGAGGUGAAUCACCAGGAGAAGGUAAUGCCCCCAAGAGCAGUGGCCAUGGAAACGACUUGGAUUGGAAAGGCCUUGACUGUGUUAGGCCUCAUUGCCGUUGUACAGGCCUCACCCAACAAGCGGGCACCACAGGCCUCUCUCGUCAAGGCCUUGGCCCUGGAUGAGGAGCCCUGGAACGUUCCCUACCUCCCCAGCUCCCUCAGGCCCAUCAACUACGAGGUGCAGCUGUGGCCUUGGCUGUUCCGGGAGAGCUCCUCGGGGCUCUACCUCUUCCACGGGCGGUCCAUUGUCACCUUCGAGUGUCUGGAGACGACCGACGUCAUCAUCAUCCACAGCAGGAUGCUCAACUACACCGAGCCGAUGAGGGUCUCCAGGGAAGACAACUCAACCAUCGGUGUGAAAAGCUACUGGGAGGAGAUGGCCAAUGAAUACUUGGUGCUGCUCCUCGGCAGCCCCCUCUGGAGGGGCAAGGUGUACAGGUUGCAGACAGCCUUCCGGGGGGAGCUGACAGAUGAGCUGCAGGGGCUGUACAGAUCCGACUAUGAGGAAGAUGGCACGACAAAAUUCCUCGCCUUGACGAUGCUGCAGCCGACUGACGCCCGGAGGAUAUUUCCGUGUUUUGAUGAGCCAGCACUGAAGGCGACCUUUGACCUGACGGUGAUACAUCGGCCUGACCACUCGGCAAUCUCCAACAUGCCCAUCAACAGGAGGUCGGAGAUGUGGAUUCGUGGACAGAUGUGGAUUGUAACGACCUUCGACCGCACAUUAAAGAUGUCAUCGUAUCUCCUGGCCUGUGUCAUAUCCGAGUUCCGGUUUAUCGAAGAGACUCAUCAUGGAGUUACGGAGCGGUGGACGCUGCCUGGGAACCGUGCGCAGACCCCGCAGGCUGUGUUUGUGGUGGUCGCACACCACUUUCAGCUGAACUUUCAGCCAGUGGAAGCCCUCGGGGUUGACGUUGUCGACCGCCUGUUGGCACGAGUGCAGUCAACGGCACCCGGCACCGGCGGAAAAUCCCAGAUCUGGUUUAAAGUUUGGGGCCGCAAGCAGCUGAUAGACGCUGGGCAGGGAGACCACGCUCUAAAGGCUGCUGCACAACUUCUUAACUUUUACGAGCAGAAAUACGACAUAUUCUACCCACUGACAAAGUUAGAUCUGGUUGCAGUUCCAAGCUUUGAGAGCGGGGGUAUGGAGAACUGGGGGAUGAUCAUCUUCAGGGAGAUCAACCUGCUCUACGACCCGAAGGAGGACUCGGAGGGGAGUCAGCAGAACAUGAUAUUAGUCCUUGCCCAUGAGCUGACACACCAGUGGUUUGGGAACCUGGUGACAAUGAAAUGGUGGAACGACAUCUGGCUGAACGAGGGAGUGGCCACUUACUUCAGUUACCUGGGGAACAGUUUCAUUAACCCCGAAUGGGCUGUGGACCCUGUCUUCGUAGGGAGAAGUCUGGUGGCCGCCCUGUCAUCCGAUGCCUUGGCCAAUUCCCACCCGCUGUCCCCGAAGCAACAGGAAGUCUCCACCAUUGAGCACAUCAGCCAGCUCUUCGAUGACAUCACAUAUGAGAAGGGUGCUUCAGUUCUCCGAAUGGUCUCCAACUUCCUGUCAGAGAAAGUGUUCCUAAAAGGCCUGGUGAGCUACCUGAAGGAAUUUAGCUUCAAGACAGCCACCUACGCUGACCUCUGCGCUCAUCUACAUGAGGCUUUAAACAAUCAAUUGACAGUGAAGUUGCCCAGCAACCUGAAGCCCAUCCUGGACACGUGGAUCUUACAGAUGGGCUACCCGGUGGUCACCAUAAACACCACUUCCGGCCUCAUCACCCAGAAACACUUCCUCCUGGAUGGCAGGGCCAAUGUCACAAGGUCAUCAAACCUUGGGUAUAAAUGGUACAUCCCGAUCACAUGGCAGAAGAACAGCAGUGUUCAGGACACAGUCUGGAUCAGCAGAACCAAUGCGAUGUUUGUCGAGCAGAUGCAGGUGAACGAUCAGACCUGGAUUCUAGCCAACAUCAACGCUGUCGGCCUUUACCGGGUUAACUACGACAACGACAACUGGGACAAGUUGCUGAUCUUACUCAUGAGGAACCGUGAUGUGAGUGUGUCGAUCUUCUCGUGGAACAAUUGCGGAGUUGGGGGGAGCAGUCAGGUGCUCGGGAGGGCUGGGUUCACCCAGGAGGUGGUGAGUGGAAUCGCUUGCUCCAACGGCCUGGAAGAAUGCAACAGGAAGGCCAAAGGCCUGUACUCCCGCUGGAUGGCUCAACCAGACGUCAACUCGAUCCCUCCCAGCCUCCGCUCGGUGAUUUACUGCCGGUCAGUCUCCGAGGGUGGGGAAGCUGAGUGGGAAUUUGCCUGGAGGAUGCUUGAGCGGGCCACCACCGCUGUGGAGGCCCAGAACCUGCGAUACAGCCUGGCCUGCAGUGUGGACGAUGAACUCCUGACCAGGCCGCAGGCUUAUCACUAUAAACAAUACCUCCAUGCCUCACAUCUCAUGUUGCUCACUAGGCCACAGGCUUAUCACUAUGAACAGUACCUCCGUGCCUCACACCUCGUGUUGCUCACUAGGACGCAGGCUUAUCACUAUGAACAGUAUCUCCGUGCCUCACAUCUCGUGUUGCUCACUAGGCCGCAGGCUUAUCACUACGAACAGUACCUCCGUGCCUCACAUCUCAUGUUGCUCACUAGGCCCCAGGCUUAUCACUACGAACAGUACCUCCGUACCUCACAUCUCAUGUUGCUCACAAGGCCGCAGGUUUAUCACUAUAAACAGUACCUCCGUGCCUCACAUCUCAUGUUGCUCACUAGGCCCCAGGCUUAUCACUAUAAACAGUACCUCCGUGCCUCACAUCUUGUGUUGCUCACUAGGCCCCAGGCUUAUCACUAUAAACAGUACCUCCGUGCCUCACAUCUUGUGUUGCUCACUAGGCCCCAGGCUUAUCACUAUAAACAGUACCUCCGUGCCUCACAUCUUGUGUUGCUCACUAGGCCGCAGGCUUAUCACUAUAAACAGUACCUCCAUGCCUCACAUCUCGUGUUGCUCACUAGGCCACAGGCUUAUCACAAUGAGCAGUAUCUCCGUGCCUCACAUCUCGUGUUGCUCACUAGGCCGCAGGCUUAUCACUAUGAGCAGUACCUGAGUUUCACCUUGAUGCCGUGGAAGAUUAAGCAGCAAGAUGCUCUAGCCACCAUUAUCUUGGUCGCCCAAAAUAUCAAUGGGAAGAAGCCGGCGUGGGACUUCAUCAAGGACAACUGGGCGUCCAUCGUUUCCAAGUUCAAGAUGACCGAGGUGAUUUUGGGCCUGCUCGAUGGCGUGACCUCCAGAUUCUCCACCGACGAGGACCUGCAGGAGCUGAAGGCCUUCAAACUGACCCUCGAGGCCAGCGGGUACCAAUUCGCCAGCCGCAUCCUGACCAAGGCGAUCGAGAGGACCACCUCCUACAUCCAGUGGAGGAAGGACAACGAGGGGGAGAUUUACCAAUGGGUCCACAACAACCUGUGAAAGCCCCGGGGGCGCUGACCAACCCCUUCCCCUCGUGCUCUGCUGGGGCCUUUGCCCCGUUUCCACCCCC